UCCAGAAUUUUUUGGAUCCUUCUUCACCAAAUUCAUAUUUUUUCUGACCUAAUAAAAACCUAUCUUCGCCAAGUGCGGAGAUAGAAUGUAGGCACUGUGCAUUUAUUGAUGCAAAAUUAAAACAUGAGAAGGAGGAGAUAUACAUUUUUGUAACAGGAUCUGAAUGUUUGAUGAUGGAUGAGGAAGACAAAAGUGUUUGAAUAAAUGUCUCUGCGUAUGGGUUGAACUUGAAUUGUUUUUUGUGGGUUGGAGAAAUCUCGAAGGAUUUGGAAGAAAGAUGCGAUUUUUGAUCUGGGUAUUUGAGGGGAAGAAAAAGAAAAGAAUUGAGUUUGCAUAAACUAAACUUGUAACGAAAAUGGAGUCACAUGCGAAGCAAGAAAAGAUGCCUCGGAAGAAAAUGGUAAAACAACUAACAGGCAAAAGGGACGACACCUCUCUGCAUCUGGCGGCGAGGGGCGGUCAGCUGACGGUGAUAAUGGAGACGAUUGCAGGUAUUGAGGACGACAAUCGCUUGUCUGAGGUUCUCUGUAAGCAAAAUCAAUCUGGAGAAACAGCCCUUUAUGUUGCUGCAGAAUAUGGAUAUGCAGAACUGGUUAGGGAGAUGAUCAAGUAUUAUGACAUUUUUGCCGCUGGAAUUAAAGCAAGAAAUGGCCUUGAUGCCUUACACAUUGCUGCAAGACAAGGAGACUUAGAUGUGGUGAAGGCCCUGAUGGAGGCAUAUCCUGAGCUUUCAAUGACCGUUGAUACGUCAAACACGACAGCCCUAAACACGGCUGCUACACAAGGGCAUAAGGAGGUGGUCGAUUACCUACUGUGUUCCGGGAGUGGCCUGGCUGCUAUAGCCAAAAGCAAUGGGAAAACCGCUUUGCAUUCGGCUGCCAGAAACGGCCACACCGAAGUUGUCAAGGCCCUUCUUAGAGCAGAGCCUGCUAUUGCCACUAGAGAAGACAAAAAGGGUCAAACCGCUCUUCACAUGUCGGUUAAGGGUCUCAACAUCCCGGUCGUCGAAGCACUCCUUCAGGGAGAACCUUCUUUGAUCAACAUGGUCGACAAUAAGGGAAACACAGCCCUGCAUAUCGCCACCCGCAAAGGCAGGGCUCAGAUUGUGGAGAAGCUGUUGGGUUUCCCUGGAUUAGAUAAAACGGCGGUUAACAGGUAUAGCGAAACGGCGAUAGACACGGCGGAGAAAACCGCACAACCGGAGAUUCAACUGGUGCUGAGGAAUCACGGUGUGGUGAAGGCGACGGAAUUGGCGAAGCAGCAGGAGGUAACUCCAGCGAGAGAGUUAAAACAGACUGUCUGCGAGAUUAAAAACGAGGUCCACGACCAAUUAGAACACGCCCGUCAGACGAGGAAAAGGGUUCAGGGUAUCGCGAAACGCAUCAACAAAAUGCAUUCUGAAGGGCUCAACAACGCUAUAAAUUCAACAACGGUGGUGGCCGUCCUGAUAGCAACGGUGGCAUUCGCCGCCAUUUUCACAGUCCCUGGUCAAUUCGCUGACGACCCGAAUAACCUUAGCCCUGGUAUUUCCCUGGGAGAGGCAAACAUAUCGGCAACUCCUGCAUUCGCGAUUUUCUUCAUAUUCGAUUCGUUCGCGUUGUUCCUGUCGCUGGCGGUUGUGAUUGUUCAAACAUCGGUGGUGGUGAUAGAGAGCAAGGCGAAGAAGAAGUUGAUGAUGGUUAUAAACAAGCUCAUGUGGGUGGCUUGUUUGAUGAUCUCGGUUGCGUUUCUGGCGUUGACGUUCACAGUUGUGGGGGUGGAAGAGAGGUGGUUGGCUGUAGCCGUGACCAUAAUUGGAUCCACCAUAAUGAUUAGUACGUUGGGAUUGAUGAGUUAUUGGGUGGUGAGACAUCGGAUUGAGGAUUGGCACAUUAGGAAGAAUUCCAGGAGUUCUAGAUCAUCCUGGUCUCGAGUAAUGUCGGUUGCUUCUGAGAAUGAGGCUCAAAGUGCCUUCAAGAAUAUGUAUGCCAUUUGACUUUUCCACAUUUCUAUUCUAUUCAUUUUUAUAUUAACUACUUUCCAAGAUUUAUGUUG